AUGUCCAAGACCUUCACAGCCGCCGACGUGGCCAAGCACGAUCAAAAAGCCAGCGAUGGCAUGUACAUUAUUGUGGACAACUCAGUCUACGAUGUCACAAACUUCGUCGAUGAGCACCCAGGUGGUGCAAAGAUCUUGAAACGAGUCGCUGGGAAGGAUGCGAGCAAGCAGUUUUGGAAGUAUCACAACGAGUCAGUGCUGAAGAAGUAUGCUCCCAAGCUGAAGAUUGGCGAGAUUGGCGAGAAGGCCAAAUUGUGA